AGAGAUUUUAUGACCCAACCGAGCAAUAUCGUGGAGUCCCCCGUAACCCAGCAACCGCCUAAUUGGUCAACCUGAACCACGUGCCACAACCCCAACCCUCUGAUUGGUUAAUGUGAAUCGCGUGAUCUCUUAAUGGAGGUUAAAAAGCAGGUGGUAAAGCCGUCAGUGUGGAACUUACUAGAACGUAAGAUAGCACCAUUAUGGGUUAAUGAUGAUCGGGAGGAUGUCAUAUUAGCAAAGAUACAGAAGGAGGAGGCAGAAGAGAGGGAACUCGCCAAGGCUACACCUCAAUACCAGAUUGGGAACAUGAGGGAUGUAUGCAGAAUGUUGAUAGACCAACACAAGGAACCAAAGUUAGACUUUGCACCUCAGCAAACUAGGAGUAAAUCUAAGAUAGAGCAGGAGGAACAACAACAGGACACAGGACUAAAGAAGCUGAUAUUUGUGGAGAUGGAAGAAUACCCGGGUUUCUUUGACACCCCCUGUGAUCUGCCCCAGAAAGUAGAGACUCAGUCCAUUAUGAGAAUUGUAACAUCCUCCAUCAGAAUCACUGAGAAGCCGGGCCUGAUGAGGGAGUGGAAGGAUUUCUUCUUUUCUGAAGAAAGUCAAGACAUUCUUCACGACCUAUUCUGGUGGUUCUUCCUCAAAAAGUUCCAGAAGCCUCCCCCGGAGUCACUUAGCUUUGUUUAUGAGCGGGAACUGCGUGAAAAAACAUCACUUCUGUUCGGAAGAGUAGCAAGAACAUACACCAUGCUUCUGAACGGUACUUUCAGGUAA